CGCUGUUGUGAAAUCGUAUCAUUUUUUUUUGUAUUGAAAUAUAUAAUUAACUUCAAGUAAACACUGUUUUAAACUCUAAACUUUCAAAUAAUAUAAAAUAAAAUAUAUUUAAAUCAUGCUUUAUCCAUUGUAAAUAAUAAAUUUCAGCACUAUGGUAGAGUCUUGAUAAAUAUUUAAGGUUUUGUUCGAAAAUGUUCAGUCAUAUUUGGGAUAAUUUUGCUUCAGGCAAAGAAAAAGUAAAAUCUUUUUUCUUUCUACUUAAGAUUGACUGUACUAUAAAUACGUCAUCACGUUGCUUAGUAACAGAAAAGAACGCAUGACCUUAUGCUAUAUAUAUAUAUCUAUUACGCAGCACACGCACACAUAUUCAACCAUAAUACAUUAUUUAUAUAUGUAUUUAAAUAAAUGAAAAGUUCAUUUAAGAUAGUAUAUAUUGCGUAUUUUGUCUUUUUAUAGCAAAGGAAGUAUAUUGAAUAUCACACUCAGGCAACAUUUGAAGGCAACAAGAAGACAUGCAUAUAGUACAGUGAAAACAAUUAUUUUUAUUGGACGACCAUUUUUUAAUAAUAAAGUAAUUUUAACAAAAGUAAGUUUUAAUUUUGACUACACAUGGCAUUAAAAGGGAUAAAAGUUAUUGAAAUGGCUGGACUUGCACCAGGACCAUUUUGUGGAAUGUUAUUAGCAGAAUUUGGAGCUUCUGUAAUAAGAGUAGAUAAAAUUGGAAAUUUCCAGACAUUUCCAGAUUUUGUUGCUCAAGGAAAACGAUCUAUAGCAUUAAAUUUGAAAACAGAGAAGGGUAUAAAUAUUUUGAAGAAAAUGUGUAGUGAUAUUGAUGUAAUAAUAGAUCCUUUUCGUAGAGGUGUCAUGGAAAAAAUGAAAAUUGGGCCUGAUGAUAUAAUGCAGAUAAAUAAACGGAUUAUUUAUGCCAGAUUAACUGGAUUUGGGCAAAAAGGUUCUUAUGCAGAUAUGGCAGGUCAUGAUAUUAAUUUUCUAAGUUUAUCAGGCUUACUUUCUUUAUUUGGGCGUGCUAAAGAGAAACCAACACCGCCUGUCAAUCUAGUUGGUGACUUUGCUGGUGGUGGUUUAAUAUGUGCCUUAGGUAUCAUUUUAGCACUUUUUGAACGUAAUCGUAGUAAUUUAGGCCAAGUUGUAGAUGCUUCUAUGGUAGAAGGUAUAGCAUAUUUAGGAAGUUGGUUCUUCAGGUCUCAGUCAGUGGAUGCUCUUUGGGGUAACCCACGUGGUCAGAAUUUAUUAGAUACUGGCACACAUUUUUAUAAUACUUAUGAAACAAAGGAUAAACGUUAUAUGGCAGUUGGUGCUAUUGAGUCAAAAUUUUAUAAUAUUUUGUUAGAGAAACUUGGUUUAUCUGAGGAUGAAGUAUCACAAUAUGAAAAUUUUGAUAAAAAUCAUGCAUUGUUUACUGAUAUAUUUAAAACAAAAACGCAGGCUCAAUGGUGUGCUAUUUUUGAUGGUGUGGAUGCUUGUGUAACACCAAUUUUAAAUUUAAAAGAUACACAUCAUCAUCCACAUAAUAAAGAAAAUGAAACUUUCCAAGUUACAGAAGAUAAUUGUGCAAUACCAAAUCCUGCACCACGAUUAUCUCGUACACCUGGUAUCUCAAUGGCAACUCGUAAAAUUCCAGAACAAGGAGAACAUAGUAUUGAAAUUCUUACUGAAUUAGGAUUUAAUUCUAAAGAGAUAGAUAAUUUUUUAACAAAUGGUAUAGUUAUACAAGGUCUAUCUCAGUGUAAAUUAUAAAGCUAUCCUACAAUUACAAUAAAUUUAAUAUAUGCUAUUGAAUAAUAUUACAAAUAAUAAUAUAUUUCAAUACAAUUCAAUAAGUAUCUAAUAAUAUUGACAAAUAGUUGUAUAAAAACAAUAAAAAUAUAUUUUUUAUAGCUCUUUACGCCUGGUGUUAUGAUGAUUAACGCCAACUAAAUGGAAAGUAUAUAUUUAAAAAAAAUAAAAUACAAUAUAUUGGGUUGUUUGGAAAUUACUUUCUUUUUUUUCUGUUUGUUUUGUGAAAAUGAGAAACAAUUUUUUUAUAAUAUAUAAAUAUUUUAUUGAAUUAUAUAUUGACCAUUUUGAUCCAAUAUCUUUUAACAUUUUUCUGUUUGUAACAUAAUUCCAUGCUCAUAAAAAAAACUGAUUGAAAUGAUUUUUGACAUUCUCAUUUGAAGAAUGUUUUAUCAUUUAAGAAAUUUUGUAAAGACCGAAACAAAUAAUAAUGGCUCGAAUUAU